UUUUUUAAAUAUAAAUUUCUAACAUUUUACAGUGUCAAGAGGAGUCUUCGUUUCUGCUAUAGUCAACUGGCAUUCAGUGGACUGUUCUACCUGGCCAGUUGUGUUUCAGUGUGCAGGUUGUGAUGUGCUGAGGAUUAACUUGUGAUACAAACGUGAGGGGUCGAUGUGUAAGUGAUCAAUACACCGGCACAGUGAUUGGUUUUGAUGUCCAAUGGUAGCAAUCCAAGGAUUGCUAGGAAACCGUCUGGACCUACAAUGACUUAGCAUGGACUAUUUUAUCCAUUAGCUCAAGGAAAUAAUACAUACCAAAAACAGACCAAGGAAUACAUUAUUGUCGCAAUUGAAAAACAAACGAAAAUGUCCAAAAAGGAAAUCAUUAGAAAAGUGAUUCAGAUUGGAACAUGGGUGGAAGACAUUAUCAGUAAUGAUUUCAUGAAAAACAUCGUCACUUCCGUUGCUCAAAAGCAGGGCAAAAAAAGGAAACUGAAGCUGAGCCAAGCUGGCCUCAAGUUGAUCCAGUCCAGGUUUUUGCAAGAGAGCAAGUCGGUGUCUUUCCCCUUGUCCGAAAUCAAAACGGUCACCAAAAUCCCCGAAGCUCCGUCUUGCAUCAUGUUCGUCCUGGAGGACAAAGUCAGGCGUUUCAGGAUUCUGGCUUUCCGGUGCAGCUCCGAGGAGGACGCUACCCAGUUCACGUCACUGUUUGAUUACAUCCAACUUGACCAGCCCAGGGCGGUGGAGCUGAAAAAGGAAGAUAACGGAAACUGGACAUUAAGGGAGAGAAACGCACACAACACCGGGCGGCAUAUGGCGGACAUUUUCAACGCUAGGAGUCAGACCAACGGCGAGGUGAAGCCCAACGGGGUGGUGACCACGCACAUUCCAGUGCUGGACCGCAAUAAAAACUACACGAUCAGCCAGGCUUCGCCAGAGCAUGCAAAAAGCGAUAAGCCUCGCUUCAAGUAUUCCUUCAAGCGCAAUAAGGGAUCGAAGAAAGAGUCCCACGACGGGGUCGAUUACAAGGUGGUAAAAAAUAAAGGAGACGAUUACGUGAUAGAGACCGAAGUAUCCCAGCAUCCUCACGUGUCGAUGACAUCACACACCACCACCACUCUCGAACCUGAGUUCGGCGUUGUCAAGGAGACGACCCCAAUAGAGGUACACAUGCGGCACGAGAACCCAUUCGACUACAGUGGGGAUCCCAACCACAUCAUCUACGGUAGCAGCACCAACAGCAGCCGCAGGAGCAGCAACAUCCUCCCUUCCAAACCAGUCAUCUACGCAACCCACACACACAGUGAGCAACCUGUAGUGUACAGGGCCAAUUCCAGAACGUACGACACUAAGCCUAGACCUGUCACCUACUACGCAGACCCUUGGGCCACUCACAGGAGAUUUAUGGGAGAGUAUGGCGCGCACCUCCGACCUGUGAGCCACCAUCCUGCAGGUUCUGACCACGGCAGCGUCAUCAUGCGGGCCGAGACAGACUCGGUCAGCUCCAAGAUGAGUAAGCGGUCCCGUGCCAUGAGCAAGUCCGAGUAUUCGGUCAAAACCACGGUAGAGAGGCCCAUCGAGGCUACCUACGGCCGCCGGACAGUGGUAGUCAGGCGGACCGAGCCGGGCUACAUGUUGGUGCCAAUCCACCGAAGGUCCUACCACGAUGUUGUUCUGUGAGCCAGCCCUAGCGACCACCACUACUGCCAAACUUUAUUUCCGUUAUGUUAGGACAUCACUGUGACAUCUCCUUUGAAAUUCCUGUGACAACAGUGAAAUUCCUGUCACAACAAUGUUAUAUCUUUGUGACACUUUUUCACUUCCAGCAUUCAUCAAAUAAAAAUGUUUUCUUUUAGAAAUGACUGAACAAAAAAGGUUAUUAAAAAUAUGUUUGCUCUUUCCUUAAGAGAAACUUUUACGGCCAAACUUAGUCUUUGUAGUGGAUAAAUGGUUCUCUCCGAUUGUGUGUGCGACUUUCAAAACUAGUGAGCUGUUUCUUUCAAAACAUGACGGACUUAAUUCAUGUAAAGAAAUGUAUAAGUUUUUGAACUAUCAAAGGGAAGCAAUAAUGAAAAUUAUCAUAGUAGUGGUAAAAUUUUGUGUCCCUUAAAAUGAUUAUUAGAACGAUCCUAAUUGACAAAAUUAUUAUUAUUAUAAUGAGAAAUGUUUCACAUUCUAUGGAUCACGUAAAUCUGGCGGCACUCUGUGAACAGGUUAAAUGAAGAAGAAGAAAACGCUGUGUACUACUAGACAGAAGCAGCCUUUGGGUUGACAAGUGAGUCAAUCGGCCCAGGAUCCGCGCCUAAAUGGGGCCCCGCGAUAAAGAGAAACUUUUGUCAUCGUCAGCACAUCGUACAAAUAAUCGUGGCCCUGAUAUGACAUUCACUCAGGGCCCUGGGCCCCGCGCAAUGCCAAAGUUGCGUCCGAUUAAGGUGAAAGAAGAUGUAGAGGGUAGUCCUAAUUGGAAACUCAAAGCCAACUAGAGAUAGACGUUAGAAAGACGCGGGUGUACACUGUACUCUCCAGAUACACACAAGAGUCAAUGCUAUCUCAAAAGAAUGACUUUUAGUGUAAGCGAUUUAUCACUGUAGAUGUACAGUUCUUAAAACACAUUUGUUCUGUUCAAUGGCUUUCGUGAUAGGAUAGGAUUUCUAGUGUCAUGUGUCACAGGUGAUGCUUAAGUGGGCAAGCACAGCUAAAUAUCCAUUCAUUAAUAGCAUACAAGUAGUUCUAUGUAUGUAUGUUAGUAGUUCUAUGCAUACACGUAUGUAUGUGUUUAUGAAAUAUAUCUUUAUAUGGAUAUGUGCGAGUGUAUGUAUAUAAAUAUACAUCUGCUGGGCCUUAUUUACUUACUUCGGCUAACCAUUUCCUAAUGAAAUAUACAUUAUACAUUUGUAAAACACCACUGAUUAACUGACACAUUCAUUUAUCACGAGACCUCUUAAACUGUCGUACGCAUCCGCAUCAAAUUUCGUACAAAGGACCUUUUACCUCCUAGGUGCUCACUAAGAACAAAAACCUUUUGUAGUUUAUUUCUAUAUAGAAAGCAGAAAGCAUUAAUAGAAAUAUCUGACAAAUGUCGUAUUUUUAAAUCAAUUUUUUUCUUUUUUCCCAAGUCUACUUAUUUUUAAUAUGUCUUGCGUCAUUUCCACUUCCUUUUAGACGCGGUCUAAAAAAAAAAAAAUCCUAAUAGCAUUAAUAAAAUAGAUCUAGAGUCUUUUUCUUUUUUUUUUUUUUUUUUUUGAGACAGAGCUAUAAAGAGAGAGUAAGGAAUGGUACUUUGUUACACUUUAAAAAAAAAAUCCUAAUAGCAGUGAAAAGGUCAAUCUAGGGUCUAUUGUUAUUUCGUUACAUUCCAAAGGGGUCAACUAAACGAUUACAAUGAAUCAAACCAAAAUGAUAUUUCUUUUUAUUUAGAGAAGAACAAAAUACCAAAAUAAAUGUAGAAAGGGGAAGGGGAGUGUGUACGAAGGACAAACUUUUUGUUGUUGGCGAGAAGGGGCCGGGGAGGGAGGGAGGGAGCGGAGAAGUCAAAAGUGCUACUAAAAUUAACGGGCCUAAAAUAGGAGAACGUGUAUGUGUCAGGGGCGCAUUAUAAAGCGGGUCUUUCCUAAUCAAGUCAAAAGUUUCAAUGAGGGUUCCUGAGAGCGACAAAGAGAGCGGGUAGUGAAAUUUCACUGUAACAGAUUCACUCAUUCACGGGCUAAUAAAUAUGUUAGAUUGAUACUUAAAAUUUGGCCCGUUUAUUAAAAUUUAAAGAAAAAAGAAAAAGGGGUAUCCUGGCCAUAAUAAACAAUAUAAAGCCUUGGAACAAAUCAACGGGCUUAGCCGGGGUGUACUGCUAGUAUGCAUGUAAAACAAAAGAAAAAGAGCGAAGUGAGAUUUACGCGUACUAUAGUUCUAUCUUCACAAAUGUGACUUGCUUAUAGAUGCAGUCCUAUUAUUAAGUCCAUUCUAUUUCAAUUCGAAGAAGUUAAGCGCCCCCUCAAAGUUCUUAAUAUCCGGCACUGUACAUCUAAGUGUUCUUUUUCCUCUGUUACUGUUAAAUAUUUUGUUCUGACACAUCUGUUACUGUUAAAUAUUUUGUUCUGACAUUUUUUUUUUAAUGGGAAAGUUAAUGAACGAUCCGUAACCAUAGUUUCAUAUCUGAAUUCCUCAUUUGCUUUGAUCUUUUUAGCGUUGACGUUUCUGAUUUCACUCGAGUUUCUUACCAAUCACAAAGGUAGGCAUAGGCUUACAAUCGAAGCGCAUCGGAGGUCUCACCCGACUAAUGAUAUCACAAACAUGUUUCUAUGGGUCCGGUCUUUGUUUUGUUUUUAUACCCUCAACUUCUAUUCUUGACAGUUAAAAAAGGAAAAACCAGAACAGGAAAAUCCUCGAGGUCUGAACUAUUUAAAUUAAGCACUACAUCAAAUUAUAAUAUGUGUGUGUUGUGUUUUCUUUUGCACGUGUGGGCGAGUGGUUUUUCGCGUGUUAUCAAUAUACACAGGCAUCAUGUGUUUCUAGUAGGCUAAAAAAAAUGUUUUUUAAAAUGUAAAUAAUCAUCUUGAGCAAAUAAUCGAACAUGUCAUUUGUUUGAAUGUGUAAUUUGUUUGAAUGUGUAAUUUGUUUGAAUGUGUAAUUUGUUUGAAUGUGUAAUUUGUUUGAAUGUGUAACUAUAUUCACAUUUAGAAUGUACACGUAAGGCCUACAUCACAUUUGUACAGGCCCUUACAAUUAUUGUAUGGUUUAUAUAGUGCCAUAGAUGAGGCUGUCCUAUAACAAUAACAGAGAGCAUAUCUGAAGGCCUACCUUUGUUACGUUAAAUCCAUGUUCCAACUACGUGAUUGUGAUCACAAAAGAAAACACAAGAUGAACAUAAUGUAAUUCACAUUUGUGGUAUGUCUAUAGUUAUUCUACUGUACAUUGGUAUCUCCUAUAACUUUAUGAUCUAUGUGUAUAAAGUAAUGACCAUUCUUGGACUAACGUAUAUUUGGCUUAUCUGUGUGUAAAUGGUGUAUGGAUAUGUAUGUAUGAAACUAGGUCUGAGGAAGGGAGGUCUUCUUGAAAAUAAUCAACAUAGAUAUGUAGAUAUUUUAAUUAAAACAAAAAUAACUAUUAGAACGAACUGGCUUUAGUAGGCCUAUAGUAGUUGCCUAUAUACAGAUUAUAUACAGUCAUUUUAAAUCUGAGAAAUGACAAUGAUACUGAUUAUGCUAACUAUUAAAUAAGGAAAUUUAAUAAUUCAAAAAAAUAUCAUUGAGGGUGUCUAUUCGAACGGUUUUAGUACCAGCCACAUACGUUAUAAAUAUGUGUAAGUGUAGAUAGCAGAGGUGGAGACGGUGAGUAGUUUCAUAUUUGACAAGACAGUGGGUCCCAUAUCUGACACUAAGACAGUGGGUUGUCUCUUAGCUGUUAAUGAAACACUAGUAUGAGAAAAAGUUAUAUAAAUAAAAGAAACAGAUUACGAUGGUCCGGUCACCUCGAAAGAAUGCCACAGGUCAGAGAAGCAACGAUUGUUAGGCCGUAUCUGAAAAUAAGAUAGCAGGCGGGUUGUCUCAUAUCUGAAAAUAAGACAGCAGGCGGGUUGUCUCAUCUGAAAAUAAGACAGCAGGCAGGUUGUCUCAUAUCUGAAAAUAUGAUAGCAAGCGGGUUGUCUCAUAUCUGAAAAUAAGACACUUGGGUUAUCUUAACUCAGAAAAAAAAGGACAGUGGGUUUACCCUAUAUCUGACAAUAAGCCAUUAAGUUGUCUCCUCUCUGACAGUAAAGCAGUGGGUUGUCCUAUAACUGACAAUAAAACAGUGGGUUAUGACAUUCAUAGCAUUGAGUCAGUGGCUUGUGUGUAUGUGUGUUUGAUUGUUUGAGAGGCAGCGAGUGUUUUUGAUCUUAUUAUUGUUGUUGUUGUUGUUGUUGUUUAUUUUUGCUACCAAUAUUCCAUUUUAUUUUACAUGCUUGAAACUGGCACCUACAAAUGGUGGACAAAGACCUAUUGUUUAAACACAUACAAAUAGUGGACAAAGACCUAUUGUUUAAACAUCUACAAAUGGUGGACAAAGACCUAUUACUUAAACACCUACAAAUGGUGGACAAAGACCUAUUGUUUAAACACCUACAAAUGGUGGACAAAGACCUAUUGUUUAAACACCUACAAAUGGUGGACUAAGACCUAUUGUUUAAACACCUACAAAUGGUGGACUAAGACCUAUUGUUUAAACACCUACAAAUGGUGGACAAAGACCUAUUACUUAAACACCUACAAAUGGUGGACAAAGACCUAUUGUUUAAACACCUACAAAUGGUGGACUAAGACAUAUUGUUUAAACACCUACAAAUGGUGGACUAAGACCUAUUGUUUAAACACCUACAAAUGGUGGGAAAAGACCUAUUGUUUAAACACCUACAAAUGGUGGGAAAAGACCUAUUGUUUAAACACCUACAAAUGGUGGGAAAAGACCUAUUGUUUAAAGACAUACAAAUGGUGGGAAAAGACCUAUUGUUUAAACACAAACAAAUGAUGGACAAAGACAUAUUUUUUUAACACCUUCAAAUAGUGGACAAAGACCUAUUGUUAAGGACAAUGAAUCAAAGAGACUGUAAUACUUUCGUACCGGUUAAAUAUAUCAAGUAUUUUUCUGUACACAUAACAAUAAUUGUGUAUUCUAUAUGUGUUUUUACUUUGUAUUUUUACUGUUACCUGUACUACUUAGAUUAGCGUGUAAUAUCUAAUAUUAAUCUAUAUGGGUUGUUGUUUGUUCCUUACACCUCCAUUAGUUAUGUCUUAUUUGUGUGACCUAUAAUACUGAAGUGUAGAUCAAGUAUCUGUUUAAGUUAUUCUAAACUGUUAUCUGCAAUAUUGGUUAAAGUCUAUGUUGUAGUGAAGUGUGGAUUCUUUGAACUGUACAGCCUGCAAUAUCAAACAUUUGUAGCUACUGUUUCAUGAAUAGAACAAUAAAUUAUUUAUCUUUUU